UUCUUAUUGGCCGCACUGACAGAAGAGGAAAGUGAGAGUUGUUUCGAUUGCAUCAACUCCUUCUACCGGUCACUACCACUUUCUCUCUCUUCUUUAUCUCACCACUGUCAUCAACUCCACCUCCACUUCCGCUUCCACUCACACUUACACUCAACCACAUCUUUAGCUCAGCUCUAGAGGAAAAAAAACAAUAGUUGGAGAGAAAAUAGCAGCAACAACAACAGAUGAAUUCUAGUUUGACGCGGUAUAAAUCCGCCCCAAGUUCCUAUUUUGCAAAUCUGGUGAAUAAAGGUGGCUAUGGAGGAGAAGAUUUGGAACAGUUGUUGAAUCCUCGGGCUACUAUUCCUGAAACGGAGCGAAUUUUCCCAAGAUUUGUGUCUGAAACUGGUUCAGAAAACUCAAACUCUCAUAUGUAUGGUAUCGGACAAAAUUCCUCAUCAAAUGGACCGGCUCAAUCACAAAUUGUGGCGCCAUUGAAGCGCGAAACAGAGUUUCAUCAUCAUCAGCAGCAACAACCACAACAACAGCAGAGCAAUAAUUAUGCUUCAGGUUCUCGGAUGAUUUAUCAGAGCCAAUCUCAAGCGCAUCAUGACUCAGAGGCCUCCAAUUCGGGUAUUGAUAACUCGUAUAGAUUGCCUAGUUCGCUGGCCAUGGAUGGUUUGCCUUAUAUGAAGAUGGGUGGUGGAAGUAACUCAAAUCUUAUUCGUCAUAGCAGCUCACCUGCUGGAUUAUUCUCCCACAUCAAUGUUGAAAAUGGCUAUGGUUUAGUAAGAGGCAUGGAGAGUUUUGGACCUGGUGAUAAUACUAAUGCCGAAGCAUCAUUUUCCUCUACAAGCAGGUUGAAGGGUCAAAUGGAUAUCUCAUCAGGGCUGCCUUCAUCUUCAGGGCUAAUGUCUCAUACCUCCGAGAUUGGGAGCAAAAACAUGGUAGAGAUACUAGAGAAUAGUCCUGGAGAUGGAAAUUUUGGUGAAGGCCGGAAAAACCAUGGUGGUUACAUUACAGGUUUCCCAAUUACUUCUUGGGAUGAUUCAGCAAUUUUGUCUGAUGACUUCCUGAAAGGGGUUGGCGAUAAUGACAGAAAGGUUUUUUGUAAUUUGAAUGCUUCAGAAAAUCAGAAUGGCCAAGGUGAAAAUCAAUCUCCCACUAUGUUGUCUCGUCACUUGAGUUUGCCAACAAGUUCAGCAGAGAUGGAAAAGCUACUGCAGCUUCAAGAUUCUAUACCUUGUAAGAUAAGAGCCAAGAGGGGUUGUGCAACUCAUCCAAGGAGUAUUGCCGAGAGGGUGAGAAGAACCCGAAUUAGUGAAAGGAUGAGGAAACUACAAGAACUUGUCCCCAAUAUGGACAAGCAAACAAAUACGUCAGACAUGUUGGAUUUAGCUGUUAACUACAUUAAAGGCCUUCAGAAACAAGUCCAAACCCUAUCAGAUAAUCGAGCAAAGUGUACAUGUCCAGAUAAGGAGAAACCAUAGCCUAGAAGGCCCAAGUAUGCUAUGGUUUGUUUCUGUACAGGAAAAAGGAAAUAUAAGUAGAUGGAUCCACUUUGGUUCUGAAAUCAAGAAGAGUGAGUGGAUUAGUAUUUUGUGUCAAGGGAAAUACAGAAAUGCCACGUUAGUUUUUUCUUAAAUGGAAGUUGUAUAUUAUUAAUUUUCAAAUGUAUUUAACUUGUGUUUUUGAUAUAUAGAUCAACCAC